AUGUCACAACAAUCCUCUGGGAUAGUGUCUCCACUAUCUCUAUCUACAGAAAAUACUAAUAAUAAUAAUAAUAAUAAUACCAACCGUACACGAGGCAAUAGUAAAUCAUCGCCAUCCAACCCCAUCAAUACUAAUAAUAAUAAUAAUAAUAAUGUUGAUCAACAUUCAACUUCAACAUUGUCAUCUGCCGAGGAUAAUAAUAAUAAUAGAGAAACUGUAAACUUUAAAGCACUUUUAAAUACAUUUAAUCAACCAAAUAAUAGUAAUAGUAAUAUUAGUCAAACAACAUCCAAACCAAGAGCAUCAACUGCCAAAACAUUAGAAUUUCUCACUAAUUUAACCAGUCAAUCUUUAUCAUCCUCUUCAUCGUCGCCGUCUUUAUCGUCGUCGUCAUCAUCGACUUCAUUCAAUAAGAAUAAUAAUAAUAAUAAUGGAAACUUGAGUAAAAGUAAUGAUUCAUCAUCUUCAAUAUUAUUUGUUGCACCCGAUGAAAAUGGAAAUAGAUCACCUACGUCAAUGUCAAAACAAGAUAAUGAAACAAUCGAUCUAUUGGAUUCAAUUGUAAAUCUAUCAUUACAAAGUAGUAUGUCGUUUAGUACUCCUUCUCCUCCACCUCCAACAAUCAUUACAACAACUGUAUCAUCAUCACCCAAUAAUAAUAAUAAUAAUAAUAAUACAUCUACGACUGCGACAAUACAAUCACCAUUGAUUCAAUCUCCAACUAUAUCAUCUAUAUCAAUGUCACCAAUUCCACCAUCACCAAUACUACAACAACCAGUUAGAUUAUCGUCUACUACACCUUCGACAUCACAAACCAAUCUCAAUAGUAGUUCACCCGACCAAUCUACCAUUAAUUCUCCAUUACUUUAUUCUCAACAACAACAACAACAACAACCACAACCACAAUCAACAUCGACAACUGCUUCAUCAUCAUUGCCAUCACAAUCUAUUCCACAUAGUGCAAGUAGUAAUAGUUUGAAAUCAAUCUCAAAUUCACCAAUUUUGGCAAGCAGUAAUAGUAGUUUGAAUUUGGUCAAAUCAACUAGUAGUACGAGUAGCAGUAGUAGUAGUGGUAGUAGUAAUAGUAGUACUAUUGGAGGUGGAGCAGUUACACCUGAUCGAUUUAGACAAGCCAAUAAGGGCAGUGUCCUCAUACCUUCACAUUUGAAUCAAAAUAUUUCAUCUUCGACGAGUUCAUCAUCAUCUUCAUCAUCCUCUUCAUCAACUGGUGAAUAUUCACCUCGCAUUGGUAGUCCAGUGAUUCAUUCGACAUACAGUUCAAAUGCGGCAGCAGCACAGGCAGCAGCUGCAUCGGCCAGUAAAAUAUUUUCAGCGCAGUCGACAACGUUCAAGGCACCGUUGGUGGUCAAGAUCAAUCGAGAGUCGAGCAGCCACUCGAUUUGGAAGUCGACAUUGAGCGGAGCGGGAAAGGAAGAUCACAUCAAGGUGUGCUUUGAUGAGAUUCCCGGCCGCCGUAUCGUGCAAAAGGUGUCGAUCGACCUGACACCUCUCGAAAUUAAAAAGCAACUGCUCGAAGAGGUGGGACCCGAGUUUCUCCAAUUGAUCGAUCAAUUCGAGCUCAAGGUUCUCUCUAUAAACUGUACAUUUACAAACGAAUCACUGCCACUGCGUCGUCAACUCGUCAUGCAGGCCUGCAACAUCUCGCGUCUCUUUCCCAAGAUGCAGCUGACCCUCAAAGACGGCAACGAGCUCAAGCUGCCCGACACAGAGAUCGUCGACCUCAAGGGCCACAUCCAGACCGAGCUCGAGAUCUUUGAGCUGACGGGCAACGGGUUUGCGCGUAUCCUCGAGUCGGGCGGCCAAGAGGUCAGCAGCUUUCGUCGCGACUUGGCGCACUUGCGAUUACAACGAACUGAUGAUGAACGCGAGAAUGAGCUGCUUCAGUAUGUCUAUGUGCUUGGCGAACCCAUGCCACUCGUCACACCACCAAAAAUUACCGUCCAAGCGACAUAUGGAGAUGAUGUCAAGAUUAACAAGCGAUUGGAUGUGUCGCCACAACUUACAGUCGAAGAACUCAAGACACAGAUAUUCAAAAAGUUUGCGUUGGUUGACAAGAGCAUCUCGCGUGGUGACAAGACACCCAACGACUAUGUCAUCAAGGUGACUGGAUUUAGAGAGUAUAUUCUCAGCAUUAAAGAGCUGGGAGAGGCUGGGUUGUCGCGUCUAGACCGCUACCAACCAACGGGCAAAGACGGCGACUUUGCACUCAUCGACUAUGACUAUGUGCGACAGUGUAUUAGUAAGCAGCAAAUGCUCGAACUCUCAUUUACACAAAACAACAUUUUAAAGUGUUCCACCGAGAAGCACCAAACAUCCUUUAUCGACAAACUACUAGACACGACCGAUUUUGACAGCGACGACGAACAACCGCUCAUUCAACACGACGAACAACUAUUACAACAACAACAACUAGACAAUAGUUCACCAUCAAACUCUUCAACCAAUCCUGGUGGAUCUGCAACCAACAGUCUAAAUAAUAGUGCAAUCAAUGUUGGUGGAAGACUGCCAAUCACCAAAGUCAACAGACUGUUCCGAGUCAAGGUUGUUGGUUUGAAAAACAUCAAUAUAUCAGUAUCGGAUGAUGCCAAGAGCAAGUUUGGUGAUGGUGAUCGUCAACCCUAUUGCUAUGUCAUGGCUGAACUCUAUCAUGGUGGUCAGUUGAUCGCUACCCCAACCUUUACACCAACCAUUCCCAUUACCCAUAUGGAUUCUUUACAUUUCCCGGAUUGGGAUCGUGACGUUUGGACACCCUUUAAUAUUUCCAUACGCUCUUUACCGCGUGAAACUAGAGCUUGUUUUACAUUGUUUGUCACGAGUAACAGUACCACUAGCAACGGUACCAUCAUUGCCAGUUCUGAGGUGGUCCAAGACACCAAAUCAAUUCCAUUGGGUUGGGUCAACUGUCAAUUGAUCGAUCACAAAGGUUGUCUUCGUACUGGUCCAGUAGCUUUUAAACUUUGGGAAGAUGAUCGUGCCAAUCCAAUCGGUACUUGUAUUGAAAAUCUUGCCUCAAAAACUCCAAUAGUCCUAAUGAUUGAAUUUGAAACUUUUGUUAAACCAAUUGUUUUUACUAAAGAAAUUAAUCCAUUAAUACAAAUAUCAUCAUCAAAAAAAUUAGAACCAAAUGAAGCAAGAAGAUUAAAUGGAUUAAUGCAAUCUGAUCCAUUGGUCAUUUUAACACCAGAUGAUAAAAGAUUGAUUUAUAGUUAUCGACACAUUUACACUUCGAAACCAAAAGCAUUGGCUAAAGUUUUGACUAGUAUUAAUUGGGCUGAACAAGACCAAGUAUGGGAGGCAUACCGGUUAAUGAAGGAAUGGGCAGAACUCAAACCAGUACAAGCAUUAGAGUUGAUGGAUGCCAAGUUUGCAGAUAGUGAAGUACGGUCGUUUGCCAUACAAACUCUAAAACAAUUUACAGAUUCUGAAUUUUCAGACUUUUUAUUGCAACUAUCUCAAGUACUCAAAUACGAACCAUAUCACAAGAGUGAAUUGUCUAGUAUGUUGAUUGAACGUGCUCUCUCUAAUCGAUCUCGUAUUGGUCAUUCUUUCUUUUGGUUCCUAAAGGCUGAAAUGCAUACACCCGAAAUUGAAGAAAGAUAUGGUCUACUCUUGGAAGGUUAUCUUCGUAGUUGUGGUUCACACAGACAAGAACUCAUCAAGCAAAACCAAGUUUUAAAAUCUUUGUAUCAAGUUGCCAUGGCCGUCAAAAAUACUCAUGGAACUUCAGAGCGUAAAAAAGUACUUCAAGAUGGUCUCUCUAAAAUUAAAUUCCCCGAUACUUUCCAAUUACCUUUAGAUCCUCGUUGGGAAGCUAAAGGUUUAAUUGUUGAUAAAUGUAGAUUUAUGGAUAGUAAAAAGUUACCAUUAUGGUUAGUUUUUGAAAAUGUUGAAAAAUAUGCAAAACCAUUAACAGUAAUAUUUAAGGUUGGUGAUGAUUUGAGACAAGAUAUUCUUACACUUCAAAUACUUAGAACAAUGGACAAGUUUUGGAAGAAUGGAGGAUUGGAUCUUAGAUUACAACCAUACAAGUGUGUGUCAACUGGUGAUGGUAUUGGUAUGUUGGAGGUUGUUUUAAAUGCCAACACGAUUGCCAAUAUUAACAAGGAUGCUGGUGGCACUGGUGCAUUGUUGGAGGAAAAGACAUUGGUCAAUUGGCUCAAAGAGAAUAAUCCAUCGGAACAAGAGUACAACAAGGCCGUUGAAACAUUUAUCCUUUCUUGUGCCGGUUACGUCGUUGCUACCUAUGUCAUGGGUAUUGGAGAUCGUCAUGCCGACAAUAUCAUGAUGACGCGUGCCGGUCAUUUGUUCCACAUCGACUUUGGACACUUUUUAGGCAACUAUAAGAAAAAGUAUGGGUUCAAGAGAGAACGUGCACCAUUUAUCUUUACUCACCAGUACAUGGCUAUUGUCGGUGGCAAGGAUUCCGAAAACUUCAAGUUCUUUGUCAACACGUGUUGUCUCGCCUACAACAUCCUCAGAAAGAACACUGACCUAUUUAUUAACCUUUUCCAAUUGAUGCUUAGUACGGGUAUCCCUGAACUUCAAUGUGCUGAGGAUAUCGACUACCUACGCAAGGCUUUGGGUCCCGAAUUGACAGACGCCGAAGCUGCCGAAGAAUUUACUAAAAAUAUUAUCGUCGCUCUCAACACUAAAACCGUUUUACUUAAUGAUAUUUUCCAUGAUUUUGGUCAAGUGUCAAAUAUUGAAUUAAAGUAUCUCCCUGCCAAACUCGCAGAUAAGGUCAAACUUGGGUCAAUUGUAAGAAUGAGUACAUAUCCUAAUCAAAUCAGAGUUCAUUCAUUGACGUUUGAUGAUGAAUUGAUAUCAAUACUGCUACUGCCACCAUCAUUCCAAUCAUUGACAUUCGGUUCUAGUGUUCAUCAACCACUAUCACCUGGAGUAUUACCUUCAUCAUUACGAUCAUUAACAUUUGGUUAUAUUUACAAUCAACCAAUAUCACCUGGGGUAGUACCGUCAUCAUUACAAUCAUUGACAUUUGGUCAUUGUUAUAAUCAACCCCUCUCUCAAGGAGUAUUACCAUCAACAUUGCAAUCAUUGAAGUUUGGCGUACCGUCAUCAUUACAAUCAUUGACAUUUGGUAAUGGUUAUAAUCAACCCCUCUCUCAAGGAGUAUUACCAUCAACAUUACUAUCAUUAAAGUUUGGUGUUGACUAUAAUCAACCUAUAUCAGUUGGAGUAUUACCAUCAUCAUUACAAUCGUUGAAGUUUUGUAGUCGUUAUAAUCAACCAAUAUCACCAGAUGUAUUACCAGCAUCAUUACAAUCAUUGGAGUUUGUUGGUAGUUAUAACCAACCUAUAUCACCUGGAGUAUUACCAUCAUCAUUACAAUCACUGAUAUUUGGUCGAUACUAUAACCAACCCCUAUCACCAGGAGUAUUACCAACAUCAUUACAAACAUUGGAGUAUGGUUGGCUAUUCUAUCAACUAUGUCCUGGAUUUGUACCUUCUAAAUCAAUUAUAUUGAGUCUUGGUGGUAGUUUUAAUCAACCCCUAUCACCAGGGGUAUUACCAUCAUCACUGCAAUCAUUGACCUUUAGCGAUAGAUAUAAUCAACCAAUAUCUAUUGGAGUAUUACCAUCAUCAUUACAAGAAUUGACAUUUGGUAUGGACUAUAAUCAACCACUGUCAGCGGGAGUAUUACCAUCAUCAUUAUGUUCGCUGACAUUUGGUGAUAACUAUAAUCAACCUCUAUCUCAUGGAGUAUUACCAUCAACAUUACAAUCAUUGACUUUUGGUGAUGGAUAUAUAAUCAACGCCUAUCACCUAAAAAACUAUAAUCAGCUGUUGCUAACCACCGUAGUACCUCGGUCAAUUCAAUCCCUAACCUUUAAAUGUGAGAAACAUUCAACUACAACUCCAAUAACAGUCUCCUGUGAUUUCAACCAAUCAAUCCAGGUUUUAAGAUACUUUAUUAAAAUCGGACAGUUAGGCGUAGUAAAGCUUCCAUCGGAAAUCGAUACCAUAAUCUUUAAAAUCACUGGAUCACCAAGUGACUUGGAUAUCGUCAAAUGCUUUUCCAGCCUACCAACUCAGUGUUCGUAUCUACAACGAAAUCCCAAUUCUAUCAACGACAAUCCAAAAUAUUUAAUGCCGUACCCCAUCAACCUGACAGAAUAUGUUACAGUCAACAGCAACAAAUAUUUCAUAUUAUAUUCAUAUCCAUCCCACUUGACCAAGAACAAAGUAUUUUUAGUUAUUUCAGAGUUUGACAAUGAAUUGUAUGUUUACAAAGAAAUGAAUUAUUCUGACACAAUACCAAAAAGAGCUGAUUUUGAAGUCGAGUGCAUGAAACUAUUCUUGGGAGAUGAUAUGUUUGUCCAAUACAAAGACCAUCAAGACAUGGUUGGCGACAAAAAGUUUUGUAUAUUGACUCUGUAUUGUCAAGGUGGCGAUCUCGAGCAAUUAUACCAAUCAAAAAUUAAAAGAGAUAUAUGGGUCUAUGUUGAAAGAAUAGUACUUGAAAAACUAUCUCAUCACAGAAUUGCACAUCUCGACGUUAAACCACUCAAUCUGUUUAUUGGGGACGAUGGACAAAUUGUGCUUGGUGAUUUUGGAUGUUCUAGCCAUUUCAAUGUUGAACCAAACCAAAACCAGAGUUCUGCUGAACCCACUCAAACAAUAUUUGAGACCAAUGAAUCAAACCAAAAAUUUUAUUACUCUAAAAGUGAUGUAUAUUCAGUCGGAUGUACUCUUCUCAAAUUACUUUCAUGUAUUGAAACUUUACUUUUUGGACCAUCAUUUAAUUGUCCCUUUGAUAUAACUGUUCUAACCCAACAAUUAAAAGUGAUUGUAUUUGGUCGAUCAUUCAAUCAACCAAUCCCAAUUUUCGAAUAUUUAUACAAGUACAGUUUCAUUAUCAAUAUUACAACAGAUAUUUGGAAUCAAGAGAAGCUGUCAAUAGUAUUUUCUGAUAAAGCCCAACGAGAAUUCAAACGAUUUAACAUUUAUCAUUGCAACCGAGGAAAUGAAAAUUCAAUACCCACUCUCAAUUCAUUUAGCAAUACCCACUUGCAAUCUAAAAUCAUAUUGACUAUUGGUGAAAAAUGUUUUGGAAUCGGUGAAAUCAAUAGAGUACUAGUACUAAUAUCUUUAUCCGAUUAUAGAGAAAACAAUGUAUUAACAUGGAAAAGGAAUGAUAUUGAAUUCUCAAUCGAUUUAAAAGAUGUCAGUGUCAUAUCAUUUGUUCAAUUGGAAUUAGUAGAUAAUACAGUUCAUGUUGAAUAUCCAUUGGAAAGUAUGGAGGAAAUAUUUGAAUUGGACAAUGAUAAUAUUCAUCAAAUGUUUGAACAUCAACAACAAUAUUUGGAUGUAAGACUUAUUCCUAUUCCAACUGAUCCACUCCUCAAAGACAAUAAUCUAAACUAA